AUGAUUCUAACUAUAAUCAUGUAUUCCUUGUUCGCGUGAGUAAUCAAUAUCAAGUUUCUUAUGCCUUUGAUUGGUUGAAACUAUCAAAGAAAUAUAUAGAAAUAACCGUGGUAUAUUUUUUUCUUAAAUUAGAGAUGUUCAUGAACCUCUCACUCAAAUACGACUGAGUCUCGCCGCAUCGCUGGGUGCUGGUCAAAUAAGCUUUUUCGCUGGAAUGCACGCCAUGGAUAACCCAGUAAGUGCUUUCUACUCACAUUCACAUCAAUUAAUCUUUUUACUGGCCUCACCAUCAACAUUAUCAGGACCUUUUUAAAAAUAUUUUGGUAUCUAUUGCGAAUUUGAAAUUUAUUAAAUGAAAUUAUUUUGAAUUUUUAAAAUUUAUGAAGAACGAGAAAAGAAAAGAACAGGAAAAUCGUUUUUUCCUUUUUUUGCAGGCCAUUUGCAUCACAGCAGCAGUUCUUACUCAGUAUUUCCUGAUGGCUGCUUUCUGCUGGAUGCUAGUGGAAGGAAUCUACUUUUACUUAUUAAUUGUGAAAGUUUACAACAUCAGCAAUAGGUUGAUAGUGUAUCACGUCAUGUCAUGGGGUAUUGUCCUUUUAUCUAGAAUGACUUUUCUCAUUUUUAAUGCUGAUUUACCGUAUUUUGAAUCAGUUUAUUCCUGAUAUGAUUUCCCGCGAACUUUGAUCUCCCCCUUCUCUUUGUGUGUGAAGGUUUCCCCGUCAUUAUGGUCAGCACUUCUCUCAGCAUCGCAAUUGGAAAAGGAGGGAUUCAAAGCUACACCAGCGAUAAAUAGUAAGAAACAAAGUUUACGUCAAUUUUAUCUCCUGUUUUGCUUCCUCUCCAUGUUUUGGUUUAUCUCUGACUUGGGUUUUUUAUUUUUUAUUUUUUUAUUUUUUAAUCACGUAUAUUUGUUUUUCGUUUUGCUGAAACCUGUCUUUUUGUUUUUUCUGCGAACUUGUUCAUUUCCUCUUUCGUUAUUUCUCUUGCACUCCUUUUCAGCCCUCAAAUACCAUAUUAGUUGUUCUCAAUUAUAAGCUGUGAUUUGAUUUUCAUUUGAUUUGAUUUGACGCUUUUUGUUAGUUUCUAAUUACCUUAGCUUUGUCUUUCCUCUUUUCUUCUUUUUCAGUUGUUGGUUGUCGUCAAAUUAUGACUUGAUCUGGAUAUUUGUUGCAUUUCUGACGGCAACUGGAGUUGUAAGCUUAAACUCAGAUUUUGCGAUUCAAUAUCAAAACUCUAACUUUAUCAUAAGAUACUUGACCUAUAGCACAUGCACAGUGCUUCGUUGUCGUUUUUUUCCAUUCUUUUAUCCAUAUUUAUUUUUUUUUUUUUUUUUUUUUUUUUUUUUUUUUGCUUUGAUUUUUUUAGCUUGGCAGUUUUAUACUCGCACGUGUCACAAGGGAGUUGACCACAUUGCCGCAAACAGGAGCCGACAGGAUUCAGCGAGUUCGGUUAGAUGGAGUGUUAUAUCGUUUCUUUUUUAUGUUAAUUUUACCAAAAAGAUUUUAAUCGGGCAACUGUCCUCUUCAGUAGCUGUUAACUUAUCCUACAGACAUCUUCUCUUUACUUGAUGAAAAUUGGCAUAUAGAUAUACGAGACAUUAAAUGGCAAGCGAGGUGUAGUUUAAGGGUUGAUAUUAGCCACGGGAGACUCUAAGCUUUUAAGUUGAAGAAGGAGAGUUUAGUAAACUCAAUAUUUAUUUUCCGAUUGAGUCUUAUUUUCCAUUCUCCUGCCAUGUUUGAUAAUGAUGGGCAAGCCAAAAAUUGAAGGGGAUAAGUGAGAAAUCUAAAAACGUGCACCAUGUUAAAUGGGUCGCGGCAACAUUUGCAGCGAUAUUUGCAUAUGUAUCCCAUAAUUUUAACAUCAUCUUGUAAAAAACCUGACAGGCUAUCUAGAUACUAAGUUAAAACUUUCCAAAAUAGCGUAAAAAAGAAUUCAGGGUUCCAAAUAACCCCCCUCCCCCCACCCCGCAAUCUCGUACCAAAGUUGGGGUAAGGGUGUGCCUGCUGUACGUCCGAGCGUCCGAGAGUACUAUGUGCAUGAUUUUAAAUUUUUUUUUUAUGACGAUAACAGGUAAAGUUAGUUGAAAACUGGAAAUAAUUAACAUUUGUCCUCUUGUAGACUUGGCAUCAGAGCAUGUGUUCUAAUGAUUCCUCUUCUUGGCAUCACGUGGUUGUUUGGUCUUCUCUCGCCUCUACACAAGGCUUUCACCUACAUCUUCACCAUUCUCAACUCUACUCAGGUUUGCUGUAAAUUUCCUUGGUAAAAUUAAGAUAGCCUUGCUAAUAAAAGUUAGAGCUUGAAGCCUCUAAACAAAUUAAAAAAAUCCUUCUAUCAGUCAAUCAAUGUGGUAAAAAGACCGUCAGUCUCUAGUCAGUCCUUCCUCCUAUCCAUCUAUUUGUCAUUCCUUCAGUUUUUUGAUCAUUUUGAUAGCCGUUUAGCCAAUGAAUAAUUUCAUCGGUCAAUCAAUCCCUCAACCGUCUGUUUUUCUCCCUUCAUAAACUUACAAGUUAAGUUCAGCUGAGUUAAUAACUACCCUGUUUCGCAAAGAUCUCUUUACUUGUUAUGAUAGUAUAUUUCAAACAAAAAAAAAGACUUAUUAUCCAUAAUUAUAUUUGUAUUGUAGGGUGUCCUGAUUUUCAUCCUGCACUGCAUGAGAAACAGUCAGGUAAGAUCGAAACUAAAAAAAAUUAUCGUAACAUUGUGCAAAUCAUGACAGAAUGUGGCCUACUUGAAUAACCAGAUUUUAGAACUCAGCAACUGAUUCAUGUUACCUUAUGUUUAUUAACAGAUAAGGGAGCGAUUGCGAGGCAAAAUUAAAACAGUGAGGAUUGGUCAGAUUGGAGCUCGAAUGAAAAUUCGAACGAACGCUGUUUCCCCAUCUCCGAACAACAGAAACUCAACCAAAAAGAAUGUAAAGAUGAAUCCAACUGAUGGCAGUGCAGUGUGGGCAGCUAAAUUGCACCCAUUCAGCGAAUAUGAGUUGAAAUAGGAAUAUCAUUAAGUAAUGGAUUCAAUAGGCGGCGGGUAAAAGCCGAUUGUUAUGUACUACGAUUUUUUAGGCCACGAUAAUUCUCCAGUCG